CUCCCAGAAUGCAGUGCUCCACGGCCUCCGUGUGUUUGUCUGUUUUUCUGCCUGCGUUUUUGACGCCUUUGAGCUUCUGAAUCGCGAAACGUCGUCUUUAAUAUUCCGCUGCCUCGGUUCCGACCCGCUGCGCCGCGUCCGCCGCCCUGUGCUCCGUCUCCGAUGCGCUCAGCGGCCGCCCAGACCGAGUAAACCGGACCCUCCGAGCUGAUGGCAGCCAGCGGCCCAGAUGACGAGUUUGAGUACGAUAAGCCGGGAGCGGAGAGGUCGAGAAGACGAAGAGGAGACGACGAUGACCUGGACAGCGAUCUGGAAGGUGACUUGCUGGAGGAGGACUGGCUUUCAUCUAAGAAGAAUCCCUCAGAACUGUCCGAUGAAGAGCUGAAUGAUGACCUGCUGCAAAGUGAUGAGGAAGAUCAGAACACAAGUGGACAGGGCGAAGCGGUGAGUCUGAACGCGACUCUGGGCCUCAGCACCUCCUACAACCUGCAGGGAGAAAGCCUGGAAGGAGGAGGAGGAUAUGGAGAAGAGGGAUAUGAAACGACAGAGGGGGGAUUCUCUCAGGAAGAGUACAAAGACGAGGAGUAUGGAGAAACAGAAGAAGGGAUGGAAUACGCCGCAGGACAGAACGACGAAGCGUAUGAGGAUGAAGUGCUAGAACUUCAGAUCGAUGAACCGCUGGAUGAUGAAUUUCAAGUUGAUGAUUACUCCGGUGAUUACACCGCAGAGCCACGGGAAGGGCAGGCCGACCAUCAGGAAGCAGAGGAGGAGGAUGAGCCAGAGGAAGUGGAGGAUCACGAGGGCUCCCAGGUUACAGAGUCAGAGGAGUUGGAGCCGGAGCUGGAGGCUGAGGCUGAACAGGAGCAGGAGGCAGAUACAAAAGAAGAAUCGGACGAGGAUGAAGACGAGGAAGAGUCGGGCCGGCUGCGUUUCAAAACCGAGCGCAAAGACGUUACUGUGGUCCGACUCUCCGACGCUGCCAGUAAACGGAGGAACAUUCCCGAAACACUAGAACUGACUGAGGAGGCCAAAGCAGAUCUUCUGGAGUUCGAGGAGAAGGAGCGUCUGAGGAAGCAGGGACGCUACGGAGGGAGAGGAAGAGGGGGAGGCAGAGGAGGCAUGAUGGGAGGAAGAGGCAGAGGAGGAAGAGGAGGGCUUCCUAUGUUUGGGAUGGGAGAUUUCCAUGGCGAUGGAGGUACUGGACGAGGGAGGAUACACGAACAGAGGCCUCCGCUGAUGCAAGUGAACUUGGGCAUGCAGCCCAGAAUGGCUCCUCCUCAGUCCCAUCAUCACCACCACCAUCAUCAUCAGUCUCGACCUCCAGGCCCCCGUGGAGCUCCGGGUCUUUUCCCAAACCCCAUCAGCCCGCUUUCCCAACAGCCCCUGCAGCUGCUACUGCCCCACCGCUCCCCGGGACCCCCGCCCAGGCCCCAGCAGGACCUGCGCCGGCCACCGGCCCCUGCACACCCUCACCCUCACCCCAACCAGCAGCAACAGCAGCAGCCCAAAAACAUCCACAUCAACCCGCACUUCAGAGGCCCGGCGUCCUCGUCGGUGCAAGCUCCGUUGAUGUCUCCUGCUCAGAACCAGCCCAGGCCCAACAUCGGCCCUCAGAGAUUUCCUGGUCCUGUGGACUUCCAGCAGCAUCUCCAAGGCAAUUUUGUCCAGCCCCAGAGACCCCCUCUGCAGGAGCCGUGGAGAGGACCCCCGCCCCCCCACCAGGAGAGAGAGCCUUUCUUUAACAACGAACCACGCUUCCCUGGUCAGCACAUCUUCGAUCUCCCAGGUCCGGCCCCCCUCAUGAACAAUAACAUCCUUCCUCUUGCGGGUCAGGGCCCCCUGUCGUUUCCCCAACCAGGGGGUCCAGGAGGUGUGGGCGGGGCUCCGGGCCCUGGGCCAGGCUUUGGGCCCCUGGGCAUCGGUCAGGGUCAGGGGCCUCCAGGGCCUGGAGGAAUGUUUCAGAGAGAGCCGCCACGCCCCAACCUGCAGCACAGCAGCCCCCCGGCGCCCCCCGGACCUCGCGGCUUCUUGGGCCACAGGCAGCCUUUCCCUCCCCAGCAGCCAGGACCCCCCUUCAGCCCCCAGCACAUGCCGUUUGGGAUGCAGGUACGCCAGAGAGGUCUCAUGCAGCCUCACUCUCAGCCCCAGCACCACGAUUUGCCUUCCCAUCAUCCUUUACACCAGCAGCAGCACAGACAGGACGUCCAGUCUCACGGUCACCCGCAGCCGCAACCUCUGCCGCCACACCACCAACACCAACAACACCAACACCAGCAACACCACCAGCGCCAACCCGGGGAGCCGCAUCCCAUCAUGCACCUCUCCCACUCGCCCUUCCGCCAGCCCCUGCAGGGCGGCCCCAGGCAGAUGCAGCAGCGUAGCCAGAACGGCCAGCAGCGCAACAACCCGGGACGAAUGAGGAUGGCGUCUCCGUCUUCCCUGCAGCCGCUUCAGAGUCCACAGCGCAACAGCAACCUCCGCGAACUGCCUAUCGCCCCCAGCAACAACCCUGUCCGCCCCUCUGCGCCCGCCGGCCAGGCCAGGCCCGUUACCAGAGCAACCCAGGAAAUCAAACCCGGACAAGGAGUAGCAGCCGGAGCUGUAGGAUGUGGGCAGGGCGUCGCUAGAGCAGGACCAGCACCUUCAGAGGCAAAGAAAGAAAGCCCACCCACUCAACCCAGCACACCUGCACAGGAUCCGGAUGAGGAUGAGGAGACCCGUCAGUAUCGGCUGAAGAUUGAGGAGCAGAAGCGUCUGAGGGAGGAGAUCCUGAGGAGGAAGGAGAUGCGCAGACAGAUGCAGGCAGGAGUUCGGAAGAAGGAGCUUCUGGAGCGAAUCGGGGGCCUGAAUCCAACUCAGACUGCCCCAACGCAGCCGGUCCCUCAGCCCCAACCUGCCCCUCAGCCCGCACAGCCGGUCCCCUCCUCUCUGGCCCCCAACGGAGCCCCGCAAAUGCCCAGCCUUCCCCGCGGAAACGUUAAAACAAGCCUGCAGAGCUCCGGCCUCGAGCCUCACGCCGCCAAGCCUGAGCCCAGCCCACAGCUCCAGCAGCUGAGGAAACCUCCCACCCAGCAGAACCCCCAGAGACAGUUCCCGAACCCCACUGGAGACGUCCAGCCGCCGCAGGCUGUCCGGCCCGGCGGGAAGAGGACCGUGAUGCAGCGGGCGAACAGCGGCGGGGCUCCGCAGGUUCCGCAGAUUCUGCAGAUUCCACAUAAAGUGCGAGUGGUCAAACGCCUGACUGGGGUAGAUCCUGUUCCGAGCCCUGGAGCCCCUUCAGCACCCCUCCAACAUCAGCACCAGCAGCAGCCUCAGCAGCAGCAGCUGGGCAGACCCAUCCCUCAGCAGAGGGUCAGUGCAGUGAGGAAGGUCACCGUGGGAACAGGAGCACAGCAGCCUCAGGAACCUGGAGGAGUGACUACAAACCAGACUAACCGGGUCGUCGUUCCGGGUCGCGGUCGAGGUCGUGGGGCUCAGGUGGGUCGAGGAGGCGGAGGACGGAUGACGACGCAGCAGAACAGGCCAAACCCCCGAGUGCCGGAUUCUCAGCCCAGCACAGUGUCCAUUGAUGGCCUGUCGUCCACCACCACCGAGAAACAGAUCAAAAACUUACUCAACUCCAUCGGCCCCAUACAGAUGUUUAAGAUGCUGCCGGAUCAGAGGAAGGCGAUUGCCAAGUUUGUGAACCCCCAGCACGCUCUGAGCUUUCAGCACAGCUUCCACAGGCACAUGAUAGAUCUGUCUCAUAUUGACGUGACCAUUAUCGAGGGCUGAGGAACCGCCUCAAGAAAAACCCAGAAAGCAGAGAGACGGAGGGCGUUGGUGAACAGCCGGCUGCGGGAGGGAAGCCGGAGCUUUGCUGCAAAAUCCUCACAGCACUCAAAACAAGCGUCGAGCGGAGGAGCCGAAACGGGAAAAGCCGAAAGAGAUCCGGCCGGCCGGGUUCUGUCGAGCCUGGGACGAGACUUUCAGCACCACAAACUCCUUCUGUUUUGUGAAUAGCAGUUAUGCACCAUAGCAUUUAACCCCCUAAACCGAGCGAAAGACGAAAGUCCUCGUCUUUUUUUGAAGGGACGCAUCCUGACUUUGAUAAAGGCGUAAGUGAGACUAGAGAAAGGUGGACGAUUUUUAAAGCGAGUGACGCUCGAUAAUGGUUGCUCCCGUCCUGAGGUUGAACAGCUCCUGGAGUCACGGGUUUGUAAUUGGACUGAAGCCUGCUGGGUGGUGCCGUUCUGCCACCAGCAGAGGGCAGUAUAGGAAUGUAAAUAAUACCCUCGAUGGAGAACAGUGGAGGUGACCAUCACCAUGAACCACGUGGGCUGAGCGUAGGAAGCACUGGGUGUAUUCGGGCCGUAUCAUGAAUGCUUUCUCUCCCUUUUUGCUGAGGUUCAUGUUCUGCAUCCUUUCGUCUGUUGGGUUGGAUCAAUUUUUGGAGCCCUUUGGCUCGUAGUUGUCGGUUUAAAAUGUUUUGUGGAAUCUUUUCAUGGUGUGUUGAGCUCGGUUUCAGCCUUCUGCUCAGUUGAGAGGAAUCUCGUCUGGUAGCUUCAACAGUGUAACGUGACAGACGAUCAACUUUUAUGAACAGAUUUUAAUUUUGGACGCUCCGGUGGCGAAUAGCAUUUGUUUUAUGGUGAAUAUCAGGAUUUCGGGGCAGUUGCUGAGACUGAGGUUGAGCCUACUGUCUAGUCUCUAGGCUUUAAACCCAGUCUUGGUGUUGAGUUGGACUCGAGUUGGACUCCCUUAGUUGGUGCUUCUUCUGUUUAAUUUGAUCGUUUAAUGUUACAGAUUGGUUGAAAAACUGUCUUGAUUUGGCACGUUGGCAGCCCACCGGGGGGCGCUAGUCUUCUUAAUAGGUCAUUUAUUCAGCUCUGGACUGUGAUUUAAACCUUUUUUUUGUCGGAAAAGCAUCUACAGCCUAUGAAAUGUGUGGUGUUGAGCAGUGGUCAGGCUUCAGACGCUUCAUUUGUUUGUUUGCUGUUAGGCUUUUUGUUUUAAAGCUGCUCUGCAUGUUAACACAUUAAUACGUUCUGCGUCUCCGUGUUGGGUCGUCCACCAAUUUUCGCCUCUGUAGCGCUACAGGUUCCAUAAAUAUUCAGUAUUAUUCCAUAUUUGGCUACAGCUGAAAGGCGAGGAGGAGGAGGCCUUUGGAAAAGCUUGGAAACGACAGCUAAGUUGGUUCACUUUGGUUCACGUCUGCUGCCGAUUUGCACCUUUUUAGUGAAAGUUUCAGACGAACGAGCUUUUCCGUGAGGUCAGUCCCAGAGCAGGAAGAGCAGUCCUGAUACCCAUUUUGCUGGGAUCCGUGUUCCAUCGUAGUCCGAAGGGGCCGUUUUGAUCCUAAAUGCAUCCGUUAUUCCUCUUUUCCCACCGUUCAGUGCUCUCUCUCUCUCUCUCCCUCCCGCGCCUCCCCAAGUUCCAUGAUCGGUAUGAGUUCACACCUCGUCCUGCUUCAGUCCGCUGCAUGUCCGCAUCUUCAUUUACUCUCCAAACGACCACCACCAUCUCUCUCUCUGCUGUCCUUCACUUUCCUGCACACCGCGUUUCCUCUUCGUCCGAGCGUAGCUGAAGAGCUGGGAGCAACUAUUAUCAGCGGUCAUGAUCAUGUGUAUAUAGUUCAGUCCAUCGUUGUUUUAUUUCUUCCUUUCCCGAACGUUCAGUGUUUGGAACCAGAGAGUUUCAGGAUUUUUUUUUUUUUUUUUUUUGGGGGGGUUUUGUUUUAUAUUAUUAUUAUUUUAUUACUGUUGGGGUUUAUUUUGUACAAAAAAACACAUCCGACUGUUUUACACGUUGUUUGGCGAAGGGCAGCUGGCUCUCGGCAGCUGGCCCGUCGCUUGAAGACGUUUUAAAGAUUGAAAAAUAAAAGAUGGUCAUGUGUAUGCCAUGUAAUUACAGGAUACAUGAAGCCAGUCUAACUUUUCCUGGAACACCCCUCGUCUCGUGUGUUGUGUAUGUGUGGAAAGUGCCUGUUUUUAGUGGUUUUUUUCCAUUCGGAGCUUUUCCAGGCUGUUUUUUUCUGAAAUGUGAGUUUUUUUGAACGCCUUUUCAGAUUUUAGGCUAUUUCUUACUAAUUAAUGGGUUUAAAUCUAAACCAAUGCCGGUCGGCUGAACUGAAGUUCGCUGAUAAAAGUAGACGCUUUGACUCGGGUUUAGGGUUUAGGCUUUUAGAGGGUUAGAGAUUCCGCUGGUGAUCUGUACAUAAAAAUAUUGAUUUUAAUAUUUAAUGUCUUGUCCACAGGUGUUCAUAGUUUCUAAUAGAAAAUUGGUAAGAUGGCAGAUUAGUAAUUAGUGUUUUUAUGUAUUGCAUGCCUGACUACCUUGUACUGUUUAUUUUUUUACUUUGGCUUGAUUUAUUUUGGUUUAUUUUUCUUUCGUAAGUGGAUUACACAUCCGUUUUUUUCCUUGACUCUCAUUUUGCCCUUUAAAUCCCUGAAUUUAAGGGAUGUUUUAAUGCAUUUUUGAAGCAUAAACCUUUAAGGGUUUGGAAACGUAUCAGCUGUGCUGACCUGUCGUGCGAUAUACACUCACUAGAGCGUUAAGGUUUAAGACUUGGGUCUUAAAAGUGAGAAACAGGCUCAUAUUGAACCUUCCAGUAACUUCGUUAGAAGUUUGUGAGUUAAUUUAGGAGUCGUUUAUAAUUAUUAAUGCUGUGAUUUUUAAUGGUACUGCGCAGAAAUGAUGUGAAAAGCCGGUCGGUAUGUCUGAUGUUUCUCAUUGUGAGGCUGCUGUGAGAAUAUUGUUUAUUUCUGUGGGAAACUGGGUUCUGUUGGUAGAUCAUGUCGCUCGUUUGGAGAACUCAUGCCUGUGUCUGCCAGUAGAAGCACAAUUUCACCAGAUUAAAGGACUUAAAACAAGUAAACAGCACCUGGAAAUGAGUUCUAAAAGCCUCCGAAUGAGACACGUCAGCCGUAUCGACUCACUUUAAGAUCUCACUUUGCUCAGAUGGCGUUUUCUCAAAUGUUUCUCGCCCGACCUGAGGCGAGUAGAGCCGUCGCGAGGGCGCGAGAGCGCGAGAGGAGGCCUUUCUUCUCUCUCACCGACUGCUCAACUCCAUUAGUUCCCUUUGAACAUUUUAUUGGAUGUUAAAGUCGCUUCACAGCCUUGAUUGUGUUUCAGGAACACGGUGGAGUUAUGGCUUCUAUAACUCCGCUGAUAAGGCGGCUGCGGCACCGUCGACCGGCCAGAACUCCUGUUGUGCCUUUUUAACCUCAUUUUUUCUCUCUCUCUCUUUCAGAUCCAGAGGCUCCUGAAGGAGGGUUAUUCAGAAUUGUUGAACGUCUUAUUUGUUGAUUAUUUAUUAUCAGACCGUCUGGCCGGAGCUAAAUCCCGCCAGGGGCCACUUUUAGAGCCGCGGUUAUAGAUUUUAAUGCAUGGUCUACAGCAGACAGUGAGAUGUUUCUCCUUUUAUGAAAAACCCUCCUUCAGUUUCGGCUCGGCUAACGUCACGUCUGUCCACAGUUGGGCCGUGUCCAGCUGGCCGCCGCUUCCUCUAACACGUCUGCGUUUUUCAACAGGUUCUCGUCCCGUUUGAGGGGUCAGACUGUCAACGUCGGCAAACCUCUACAUCUCUCUCUCUCUCUCUGUCUCUCUCUACCAGCUGCUGGAUGACCGCUGCUCUGCUGCCCCUUUUGUUUGUUGACUUGAACAUUGAACCUCUUUUAUAUUGAGCAGGGAGGACGUUGCGUCUGGAUUUCCUUUGUUUGUUUACCCAAAUCCGCGGACCGUUUUGCAUCACUGAGACCGCACCCGAACCGGGGGUCCAGAGUUCCGAAACUCGCGCUAAAGCCCAGAGCGAUUUGUACAGUCUUGUCUGUUGUACACGCGACCUCUGCGUUGUCGGUUUGGACUGAAAACAAAAAGGAAAGGCGGCUUUUCCUUGGAUUCUUUAUUAUUAUUACUAUGAUCAUCAUUAUUAUAUUAUUGUACAAGAGAAAUGUGUUGAGUCCACAUUCAGUGGUUUGUGUACAGACUCUGUUGAACUGAACUGUCAGACGUUUAAACUCACUGAAUGUUUGUUUACAAAAGUGGAAUUCAGUGUUUUUUCUUUAAUGCCAAUAAAACUGAACUCAAACUGUU